AUGCCGUCCAUUACACUUAAUCAAAAGCUAUCUAAGAUUCCUGAAAACAUCUCGUUAGCUGAUCCUGAAUUUCACCGACCUGCAGACGUAGAUAUUUUAAUAGGGGCUGAAUUUUAUUACGAGCUUUUAGGGACAGGAAAAAUUCGUUUCCCAGGUCAAUCAGCCAUUUUGCAAGAAACCGAUUUAGAUUGGAUUGUCGCCGGACGUUACACCCAACCUCGUACUGCCCCGAUAAGUCCGAUGCAAGCUUCUUGCAAUCUUAUCAAAUUUCAAGAUUUACCGAUUUUGUGGGAACUAGAACCAGAAAAUCCAAAUAAAAUUCGUUCUCGGGAAGAAAAGGAGUGUGAAUCGCAUUAUGUGAAAAAUACUACGCGGGACGAUAGUAACCGCAACGUAGUCAAACUGCACUUUAAUAAUAAGAAAGAUUCGCUUGAUGAUUCUCGCAAUACAGCUUUUCAAAGAUUCUAUGCGCUAGAACGUAAAUUCGAGAAAAACCCUUCUUUUAAAUCUCAAUACACAGAAUGCAUGCAAGGCUAUCUCACUGAAAAUCAUAUGUCAUUAAUUCCCAGUCACUUAGUUUCAAAUAAGGGCUAUUUUCUCCCGCAUCACGCUGUAGUGAAGGAAAGUAGCAUUACUACAAAAACUAGAGUCGUAUUUGACGGAUCUGCCAAAACUUCGACUGGUAUCUCUUUAAACGAUACUCUCAUGGUUGGUCCUACUAUACAAGAGGAUCUGUUUUCCAUUCUUGCUCGAUUUAGAACAUUUUUGUAUGCCAUGACAGCAGGCAUACAACAAAUGUACAGGCAAAUUCGUGUAGCGCAAGACAACAGUCUUUUUCAGAAAAUCUUGUGGCGGCCAGACCCUUCCGAACCUAUCAAAAUUUAUUCAUUGAAUAGGGUUACCUUCGGAACCGCUUGCGCACCAUUUCUUGCAAUUCGCACACUACACAAACUCGCGGAUGACGAACGCGAAUCGUAUCCCAUUGCAUCGGCUAUUCUCAAACGCGACUUCUAUGUGGAUGACCUCUUAACAGGCGCGCAUACACUUCAAGAGGCUCUUGAACUUCGAAACAAUUUAAGUACUCUUUUAAAUAAAGGCAGUUUCAAUCUGCGAAAAUGGGCAUCAAAUCAUCCACUUUAUGCAAUGAUUUGUCGGAUGAAACCUCAAUUACGUACCGAUCCCUCGACCCGACAGAAACAAUAA